ACUGGAAACUGAUCAGUUUAAAGAAAUCUGCACAUUGUGUAGUUGUAACACGCUGGCUGCGUCUGAAAUGGUGUACUACCUACUACACAGUAGGCGAACAGCAGUACACCAGAGGGGUAGUAGUUAUGUCCGAAUUCUCAGUAGGAGAGAAAUACCCGGAUGGUGUACUGCUUCCGGUGAGAUUUUGCAGCGUGCAACCGAUGGACACUACGCGAGUCAAAAAUCCCAUAAUGCAACAGGACUGGUGCGGACGAGCUCAGAAAAAAAUGGCGGAAGACAGCGCGUCGGCUCUUUUUAAGUAUUAAACCUUGGUUAAACAGGACUUGUUUAACAAUACCCGAAUAAAUUGUUAACUUGUUGAAGGUUUAAACAAGAAAACAGUUGUCACAGCGUUUGAAACCUUUUUUGUGAUGUCCAUCAUGCCUUAGCCGGCCAAGCUAACGGCAACGAAUUUACCUCAGUCUGUUAACCCCGCCCACUUUACAUUACUAAUUCAGUUCACUUUCCUGAUCUGCGUUUUGCCGUGUAGUAGGUUCAAGAUUUUGGAAUGAAAUGCUGUUCUCUCUCUGCUGAUAAUCCGACAAAAAUCACAGGACACACAGGUGGUUCAGUGCUGUUCCCCUGCUCCUGCUCUGACCUGCACACCAAACCUCAGAGAUUCACCUGGAGGAGCGACAGAACAGGACGUCUGAAAGAAAUGCUAAAUGAUGAACACUACCGUGGCAGACUUCAGCUGUUUAAUCACAUUUCUCCUGCUAAUCUGUCUCUGCUCAUAUCUGACCUGAGAGAAGAGGAUCAGGGAUUGUACAGCUGCAGAACUGAGAAGGAAUACAGAGACAUCUGGCUUAAUGUUAAAGGAAGAAGAGAAACUUCAACCCGCUCGAGAACAAACACAACACUUCCAUCAGAACCGCCUCAGAGUAAAACAACAAACUCUCCACCUGCAUCAUCCUCAACAACACUGGAACAAGAUAAACAGCAAACACACAGCAGCCUCCCUCCAGGAAGAAGAGAAACUUCAACACACUCGAGGAAAACAGACACAACACGUCCAUCAGAACCGCCUCAGAGUAAAACAACAAACUCUCCACCUGCAUCAUCCUCAACAACACUGGAACAAGAUAAACAGCAAACACACCGCAGCCUCCUUCUAGUUUUCGGCAUUCUGGCGGUUUUACUGCUGGUGAUACCCGGUGUAGUGGCAUUUAUUUGUUGGAGACGCAAAGGAGGAAGAUGUGGAGAGAAGGUGAUUACUGAAGGACGUCCGGACUGUAAGAGAAAGCGGAAGGAUCAGACUGAACCUGGUGUUACUUACUCUACUGUAACCCACAUGAACACAGCCGGAGCAGCACGGGUCCAGAUCAACGCUGGAGACAAAACUGAAUAUGCCAGCAUUCUAACAAUCUAAUCCACAGUAAAUAUCUAGAAUAAUACUGAAUACAUGCAGUAUAUUAAAUACACACCAUGUUAAGCAUGAUGAGCAUGUUACUGUGACUUUUUUUAUUUGACCAUAAAUAGCAGAUUUAAUCAUAUUUGUGUGCUGAUGGAUAAUCCUGCAAAUUAUAUUUUGAGUGUUUGUCAUUUAUUAUCAUUUAUUAUUUUGUAUCAUUUGUUUUUUUAUUUACAUUUAUGGCAUUUGGCAGACGCCCUUAUCCAGAGCGACUUACAUUUAUCUCAUUUAAACAGCUGAUCAAUUGGGGGUUAAGGGCCUCGCCAAAGAGUCCAACAAUGGUAGCUUGGCAGUGCUGCGGCUUGAACUCCUGACCUUCUGAUCAGCAACCCAGAGACUUUAACCACUGAGACACCUCUUAUAUGUUCUAGAAAUCUUUUGUCAUCACCCUGUUUUGUGUAAUACGACUGCUGUAGAAGUUCUUGUUUGUGACUGUCGUGGGAAAGUCUCUCUGGACUGAAUGUGUGUUUCUAAACUAGUUGUGGUGAAAUUGUUGUGAAAACAUUAUUGCAUGUUAAAGGGUGCAUGAUAGUGUGCUUGUUGAGUGUGGAGUAUCACACAGUAUUCUCUGUGCAUGGCACAACUUUCAUUAACUUUGAGAAAGAGGAAGUAGCCAUUUUCCCAUCAGUCUCCACUGCCCUGACCACAGUCUCGUGGUACCUCUGACACGCUGAGUGUCUCACAGUGGCUCUGAAGUAUCAUGAGAACGCUAGUUAUGAACACAACUGUGGUUUUAUAAACUGCUAAUACUUGUCAGAGGCGUGUGUAUGACCUUUCAACAAAGUCAUAAAGUGACAUGAUUGUAAUUUAGCAUCCUGCAUAAUAUCUUAAAGAGGGGCCUUAAAGGACUCUAGCACAUGUGAGGAGGGGAAUUGCUGUUACACCUGCUGUCGGUCCUUAAUAAUGUCUGUCCCUUGUCAGAGUGGCAGUGAACCAGCCUCAUGCUGAUGAAUUGUGCAGCUUGUUCCACUGUGAGACCAAGUGCUGGAAAUAGGCAUCGUGCAUGAACCGCUGACAUGAACCAAUCCUGUGGUUGCAUGGCAUAGAUUACAUCUGACACCCUUAGCAUUCAGUGUUUUAGUAUGUGAAAAUCUCACUUUGCUGGAACAUAGCAUCCUCUUUUCCAUAAAGAGAAGAAGAAAAGAAAACAUAUGUACUAUGGCUUAUAUACAGCAUGGUGCAGCUAUAGGGUUAAUUUAUUUAUUAAUUCAUGUUCAGUAACUGUUUUAUCCUGGUCAGCGUCGUCAUGGAUUCAGACUCUAUCCCAGCAACACUGGGCACAAGGUGGGAGAAUUCAGAUGGGACGCCAGUCCAUCUCAGAGCACCAUUCACACACAUUCACACCCAGGGGCAAUCUAACAUAGUAAACCUGCAUGUUUUUAGACAGUGGGAGGAAACCGCACACACAAACACAAGGAGGACAUGCAAACCUCUGCACAGACAUUAACAUGGUUUCAUUUAAGGAUCUAUAAGGAUCUUGUUGACUGCACAAUCAUGUCUACACUCUUUUAUUUUUUAAGUCUUCCAGGCAUCUCACCAGGUCUAAACAUUUAAGGUAUAAAUGUUUUUUUGUUUUCUUUACAUUAAGUUUCUCACUCUUCUUGGGUUUGCUUGUGCACACACUUCUUAAAUAAUAUAAUAUUCAUCAUUUGAAAAUAUAUUAAAGCUUUUACUUGAAACAUUUGUAAAAUUCGUGUAGCUUGUUUGUAGCUUAUAUAUUUUCCUACUAUUUGCAGUGAUAAAAAUAAAUAAAAAAUUAUAGUGGAGCAUGAUAUUUGAAAGUUUUAUUGUAGCACAAUCACAUCCCUAAUAUUUUCACAUAAAUAAAUACAUUUGAAGCACAGAAUUUUAUCAGAAUCAUAACGGAU